UCGUUUUUGGUCUAUUGAAUUAAAUGAGCACAAAAUGUUUGAAAAAUUAAUGUUCUUAAAUCAAAAGUGUUUAAUUAGAGCUUAUGCUACAAAAGCUCAAACAGCUAAAGUUUUAAAGGGGAAAUGGAAAAGUGUUGUCGGUUUGGAAGUACAUGCUCAAAUAUUAACGGAUUCAAAAUUGUUUUCUGGCAGUGGAACAACUUUUGGAACACCUUUAAAUUCGGCAGUUUCAUAUUUCGAUGCAUCCAUACCAGGCACAUUACCAGUUCUAAAUCGAAAAUGUGUUGAGUAUGGAGUUAAGACUGCCUUAGCUUUGGGCUGUAAAAUAAAUGAAGUUUCAAUGUUCGAUCGAAAACACUACUUUUAUGCGGAUUUGCCGACAGGUUAUCAAAUUACCCAACAACGAGCGGCUUUAGCCAAUAAUGGUGAAAUGACAUUUCCCGUCAUACAACCGGGUAAAAAGAUUUACUACAAAACUGUACAAUUAUUGCAAUUGCAACUAGAACAGGACAGUGGCAAAUCUUUGCAUGAUGAUGAACUUAAAAGAAGUCUAGUCGAUUUAAAUCGUGCCGGUUUACCUCUUAUGGAAUUGGUAUUUGCCCCAGAUUUAGAAACUGGUGAAGAGGCAGCCUCCUUAGUUAAGGAAUUGAUAUUAACAUUGAAACGCCUGCAAACCUGCUCGUGCAAAAUGGAAGAAGGUGCCCUACGUGUCGACGCUAAUAUAUCCAUUCACGAAGAGGGUGAACCUUUUGGAGUACGCACUGAAGUUAAAAAUAUCGGCUCUGUUCGUAGUAUUUCCCAAGCUAUUUCCUAUGAAAUCGAACGUCAAUUUGGGGUAGUUGCCCAGGGUGGUAUUAUUACAAAUGAGACAAGAUCUUGGGACGCUGAAAAUCGGUGUACCGUGGCAAUGCGUGAUAAGGAAGUUUUACAAGAUUAUCGUUUCAUGCCAGAACCCAACUUACCGCCUCUGAUAUUGGAUAUGUUGGAUGAGAAAUCUGAUUGCAAUGAUCCCUCUUCAUUAGUUUCAGUAUCGGCCGUGGCAAAAGAAUUACCCGAAUUACCAGAAGAGACAAGAAAACGUCUUGUGGAGGAGUAUAAACUAAAUCAGGAGGUUGCAAUUAUAUUGGUAAAUGAACCCAUACUAUUGGAGCAUUUUAUGAAUAUUAUUAAAAACCUGCCAGCAAUACCAAAAAAACUUGUAACAAACUUCCUUAUUAACGACUUUCUGACUUAUUGCAAUAAAGCCAACAUUGAUUUGGAUAAAUGCCAUUUAAGUUACAACCAUUUAAAGGACAUACUAAAAGCUUUACAUGCUGAAGAAAUUAAUUUACAAGCGGCCAGAAAGUUAAUUGAGUUGGUAAAUGAUUCACAAACAGAAAUCGAUAAGCUAAUUAAAACUCACAAUCUUCAGCAAAUUUCUGACAUUGAAACUAUAAGAAAAUAUUGCAAACAAGCCAUAGAAAAUCAAUCCAAAGCUGUUAAACAAUACCAAAGUGGUAAAGCCAAAGCAUUGUUCGCCAUAGUGGGUGAAGUGGCCAAGUUGUCGGAUCAAAAAGCCAAUAUGAAAAUUGUUGUUAAUUGUUUAGAAAAUAUGCUUAAACAGAAAUAAAACCAAAACUGAUGAAAAUUUAA